GAGAUUUUAGUUUCCCUUGAUGAAUCAUUACAUCUAGAGAGAAACUAAUAUUCAACAUUGUCUGACAAUGAUGGCUAGGGAGAACAUCUCUUGCUGUAGUCUCCUUGCUACUCUGCUGUUCAUAGCAGCAGCAAUUGUGGUGGCAGAGCCGCUGCAUUGUGCCCAGUGCACUGAAGAGAGGCUAGCUUCUUGUCCAUCGGUGCCAAAUGAUUGUCCAGAGCUGGCAAGGGAGCCCGGAUGCGGCUGCUGCCUGACUUGUGCUCUAAAGCGGGGAGAGCCUUGCGGAGUGUACACUGCCAGGUGUGGAAAAGCUCUCAGCUGCCACCCAAAGGCAGGAGAAUCUCGACCCUUGUAUGCACUCACAAGGGGGCAAGGGAUUUGUAUGGAUGCUGAGGAUCUCAAGAAACUACGGGCUAGUGACGCUGCAGAUGGAAAGGAUUACACAGAGCAUGAAAACGUAGCUCCAGAGGUUUCAGACAUUUCACAUGACCAGAUUCCACCAUUUCUUCGAUUAUUUCCCGAAGGCUUAGACAAACUUGAUCCAUGGAAUGCUAUCACCGUGUAUGAGAAGGCAAGAAAGUUGCUUGAGCGCAGGAAAUGGAAGGAACAUCAAGGUCCAUGCCAGAAAGAUCUUUACAAAACUAUGGAUAAACUGGUGAAGGCUCAGCAAAGGCCAGGAGAAGAUGUGUUCAAAUUCCAUAUUCCCAACUGCAAUAGAAAUGGUUUCUAUCACAGCAAGCAGUGUGAGGCCUCCCUAGAUGGCGAACGUGGAAAAUGCUGGUGUGUCUUCCCCUUAACUGGGAAAAGAAUUCCUGGAUCCCCUGAAAACAGAGGAGAGUUGAACUGUCAGCAGUACCUUAAUGUUCAAGAAUAGAAUCAACUCUCCAAACCUGGACAUAUUCUUUCCAAAAUAAACCUCAGUGUAAAUGUACUUAACUAUUUAUUCUAAAAUAUGUUCUUUUGCUUACUUUGUCUAUUUUCAUAACUUUAUUUAUAAAUGUAAUAUUAAUAUUCACUAUAGUUAUGCUUUUUUUUUUUAUAAAACAUAUACAUUGUAAAAUCAAACAUUAUAUAUUUCAAAUAAUACCUAUAACCAUUUGAGUGAAAACAUUGAAAUUGUAUAAUUGUACAUGUUUUCAUAUACAGUAUUUGUUUUUUAUAUUUGAAUAUCCUUGUUGUUGUAAGAUUUAUAGAAAUUUUAAAGAUUCUACAAAAGAUAGAGAGGAGGGAUUAUAUCUGGCUGUCACUGAGUAACAGAAUUUCAAUCUAUAAAACUAGUAAUUCUGUAUGUACAGGUAUAGGGUCUCAUAUCCAAAAUGCUCAGACCUGGAUUUAUGCAGAUAGGGAUAUGACAGUCCCUUAAUUUGGAGCUUUCUGCAUAAUAUAUAUUAUACCUGUAGGAUUCUCUCUAUUGAGUAGUUUUCUUAUGAGUGUUGUUAUUUAUUCUUACCACCAUAAAAGUGGUUUUCUAACUUUGCUGCUAAUACAAUAUCUACAAAAGGCAUUGACUACAGUUCUAAAAAAAUAUAGUUUAAUAACAUGUCUUCCUUUCUUGUGUUGGUAUGUAUUGCAUGCCAUACAGAAUCAUCUGGUUUUAUCAGUUUGUUUAUAUGCCUUCACUCCAUUUAAUAGGCAUUUAACAAUAAUACACAACUCCUUAAACACUUAUUGUGCAGAAGAUGACUGGGUUGCUAUACCUUAUUUUUAAUACAUGGCACCUAUUAAAGGUACAUAUACAUUUACAUUGGAACCUAUUACCUGCUUUAUAGCAGAACUUUGAGUUCAACACUCCCCUUAAGUUUUUAACUCAAGACGAGGUUACAAAAAAAUCAAUAGUUUCACAUGUAUCCAUGACAACAGCGUAGGAGCAUUCACUCCACAUCUUACCUUGAUUGUUAGUCUACACCCCAUUCACUGAUCUGUGUCCCCAAAGUGGCUAGCCCUAUAGUCUGGGAACCUGUGGUAUAUUCAUUAUUAUGCUCUAGGGCAUGUUGUAUAUAUUUUUAAGAGGUGUAUGUGUUAUAGAAGAUGGUAACCCUGUUUUUAUCUGAGUCUGUUUAUGGAUUUAUUGUACUGGAUUCUCUGUUUAUACUUUGGAUAUUUCUGUUCUUUAUAUAUAUUUCCUGUUGUAAACCAAUAAAAUUGUUUGUAUACGUU